AUAAAAGUAAGUGAACGCAAAAUGACAUCCGCAGUUAUCGCAUUUCUGUUCUUGGAAGAAGAAAGUUCCGAGAAGGUUAAAAGAAAAAUUUUGAGAGAUUGCGGCGAUCCACUUGAGCUGCCCGAGACAGCUUUCAUAGCAUAUUAUCGCCUAAACAAAGAGGUACUUGACACCAUUGAAGGGCACUUGACACGUUCGAAAGUUCCACCAGUGCUGCAGUUAGCAGCUUCGUUGCGAUUUUUAGCAGAAGGAUCCUGUCAAAGAUCAGUUGGGAACGAUUCUAGCAUAAGUGUAGCUAGGAGCGCGGUGUCAACGAUUUUAGAUGAUGUGCUUAAGGUAAUGGAGCGGUUCAUUUGCCCUCAGUGGGUGAAACUAGAAAUGGACUGCAUCGAAAAGCGCAUAUCAAGAGACUAUUUUUACUUAAAGUACAAAAUUCCCUCAAUAAUUGGUUGCAUCGACGGGACACACAUAAAAAUCAUUAAGCCCAGUAUUGACGAACAUUUAUUUUAUAAUCGAAAAUAAUUCAGUAUGAAUGCCCUGAUUGUAAG